GGGAAGCCACUCCCACUGUCUGACAUUGUAAACAAACAUGGCAGAUAUCUUCGCACAGCUUCAAAAACGAGGCAUUCACAAAAAAAUAUUACACGCUGGAACGGGAAAUCUUCCAGAUUUUAUAGACGGAUCAAAGGUCUUCUUUAACUAUCGUACCACUAAAUGCGAUGAUAAUAAGACGGUCCUUGAUGACAGUAAGGCCAUUAACAAGCCCCUUGAAAUUAUCAUUGGAAAAAAGUUUAAGUUAGAAAUAUGGGAGACAUUGUUAAAAACCAUGAAGGUAAACGAAACAUCAGAAUUUCUGUGCACCAACAUCCGGGAAACAGCUAUCUAUCCCAUGGUUGCAAAAAGCCUUCGAGACAUUAACAAAGGACAUGCUCAUCACCAUACUGGCCACUGCUGUGGGAUGAUGGCAGACACUGGAGUUGGCUACGAUGACCUUAAUGAACUGUUGAAAAACCCACAGCCUCUUAUCUUUACGCUUGAACUCUUAAAAUUUCAGGGACCAAAUGACUUUGAAAAAGAAACCUGGACUAUGAGUCCUGCUGAAAAGCUUGCUGUAGUCCCAAAACUGAAGGAAAUUGGCAAUACACUGUACAAAGCUCGACAGUAUGAAGAAGCUUCAGAUAAAUAUGCUGAAGCUCUUGGUAUUCUAGAACAACUGUUAAUGUUGGAGAAACCUGGUGAUGCUGAGUGGAUAGAGCUUGACAAGCUGAAGAUCCCACUUCUUCUCAAUUACUCACAAUGCAAGCUCAUAGCAGGCGAUUACUACACGGUUAUUACUCACACCACUGAGGUUCUGCAGAAAGACUAUGUAACAGAAAGUGAUCAUGUGAAGGCCCUCUUCAGACGUGGCAAAGCUCAUGGUGCAGUGUGGAAUGUGACCGAGGCCAGACUGGAUUUAAACAAGGUAGCUGAGCUGGACCCUAGCCUCAGCAAAGCAGUUAGCAAAGAACUCAAGCAGCUGGAGGAGAACGUAAAGGCGAAAGAACAAUUGGAAAAAGCAUCUCUUAAAGGAAUAUUUGGAUAGCACUGAUUUCUUUUAUCAAUGAAGAGGACUGUGAUAAAGUGGCGAGGGUUGGAUUGGAAAGCAUAAUAUUAAGAGGCAGGAAGAAAAUUUUGAAAAGGUGCAAUCUUUUUAGAGAUAUAGAGUAUCCAUGAAUACUGCCUGCAAAUAGUAGUAUGGUGUACAGUACUGCUGUAUGUGAAUGUGUUGACAGUACUCAGAUCUUAAGACUAUACUGGAUGAUAUUAUAUGACUGUGAUCAACCCAAAAGAGGGUGAUGAAAACAGCAUUGGAGCUUAUUAAUUGAGGGUCAUUGUUAGGUCUUUUGAACAGUGCACUUAGGACGAACCUACAGAUAACACAGUCCAAGUGCACUGUCUUUGUGGUCACAUCUUUAAUAACUGUUACUAGGAACAUGAAUGACUUUUAAUAACAGCAAAUCUUAUUUGAAAAUUAUGUUUGCAUUGCACCCACUGUCAUAAUCUGCAUGUAUUUGCUCCUACUUCAUCAUUGAUCUCAUCUAAUCUCACAAAUGUUUUAACCUCAUUUGUCAGCUGUCAGGAUUUCUAUUCUAAAGAUACUUCUCCUUCUGCGGAGCACUUGGAGUAAUUGCCACUCUGAAUCUUUUGUGGUAUGUCUUGCACUAAAGCCUAGGAGGGUUGUUUACAGGGUUCCCAGGGAUCAGGGAUGGUGCCAAAAAAAGGACCUUAAAAGGACCUUUCAUGCAUUCGUAAGGACCUAAGUGACAGUCAUCAAUGCUUAAGUUUUUCUCUUGUGUGGUCGGCAAGA